CGUCCUUGGGUCCCAAACACAAACCAAUCGUCAGCCACCAGCUCCGCGGGUCCCCCUUCCAUAUUAUCUCACUGUGGGUCGUAGUGCAGCAGCCAGUGAAGCUGUGAAAGGAAAAAUAACUGUGGACCGUCCUUCACUCAGCUUGCUGAGCUUGCUGAGGUGGCUCCACAGUUGCUUCUGGAAGAUGCAGAGUGGAAACACAUUGGUCUCGUCUCAGUUACACAUCCCAGGCGUGUUCUCCGGGUCGUCUUCCAGUCGUGAGCUCUGUCCUGUCAAGGGAAUUCUCUCCGACAGAAAAAAGCCACCGCGAAGUAAUAAGAGAGUGUCCUUCGACGAAAAUUCAUUGAGGAAAAGAAAACGAACAAUCUCGCUCACUAGCCUGAAGUGGCAAGCUUACAUAGAGGAACAGUUUAGGACACUGCGAGCCCACAGAAAACGAAAAUCCAAACGCGAAAAUGGCCGUAACGUCUUCCAGAAAAAGCCUCAACCUGUCCCAAGGAGUAAAAAUAGGAGCAAGAAACAAGAAUCAAACGGGUCAGCUCAUCUUUCUGAUGUGAACAUGUUCGAAUUACCUAAGACAGAUGGCAGAAGACCAGAAGACCCAGAGAGAUAUUAUAUGCAGAACGAAAACAGCUAUACUACCAACCAGAGGGAACAAGCCAUGACUUACGAAGGUGGAGAGCACGUUGGCAGCGUGAAGGUGGUCAAACCCAAGCGACCGUUAAACGCAUUCUUUGUAUUCGCUCAGUACUGCAGAAAAAAGCAUCUUCUCGAUUCCAUGAGAUCUUCAAAUCACGCGCCGCGCCAUGGGGCGAGUGUGGCGCCACAUGUCCAUGGACGAGCGCUCUGUAUUCUAUGAGCACGCUGACAGGCUGAGAGCGGAGUAUUUUCGACAAAAAGGAGAAUGGGAAAAGAGGACGGCGCAGUCCCCAGUAGCACGCAAGCGACCAUUGAACGGGUACACACUGUUUUGUCGUGAGCACUUUUCACUGGUGAGGUACAAGAUGUCUCACCCCCACCCGUGUCUAGUGAUAGUGCGACUCGCCCGCAUGUGGAGGAGGCUGCACAGAAGUGUGAAACUGGAUUACAAGAGAAAGGCUAAGGCGACAACGCGGCAUUUCGUCCCCGACCUCAUCCCCAUCCUCCCCAUCUACCCCCGUGUUGUCGCCGACGUCCCCAGCGACAAACCACUUGACGUCCAUUUUGAAGUUCGUUCUGAAGUCGCAAUAGACGAGCCCGAGGACGUCGCCUCUAGAGAUUCUUCAAGAGAACCUGCCGAGUAUUCCGAUUACCGCUACGUCGAUCCCCCUAUCGAUAUUUCCACAACCAUCGAGCCUCCUGUCGACAUUUCUAAAACCAUCGAACCUCCUGUCGACAUUUCCAAAAUCAUCCAGCCCCCUUUAGAAACGUUCAGCCCCAUCGAGCCCCCUGUCGACAGUUCCAUAGCCAUCAAAACCCCUAUCAACAUUUCCAGCACCAUCGAGUCCCCUAUCGAAAUUUCCAGCCCUAUUAAUCCCCAUGAUGACCUUGCGAAACAUACCCUUGCGAAUUUUCCAGCACCAUUCCCCAUGGCGGAAUUUCCAGCACCAUUGAUCAUCAUGAUGACCUUUCCAGUACCAUCGAGCGCCCUGUCGACAUUUCCAGCACCAUGGAUCCUCCUGUCGACAGUCCCAGCAUCAUCAAUACCCAUGGCAAAGUUUCCA